ACCGAGAGCAGCCGCAGGAAGAUGCACACCAUCCUGAGGGGCCUUGUGACACCAGACUUGCUGCCUCAGCUCCAUAUUCACUGGCUGCUCAAUGAUGAGAUCUGGGCCACACACAGGGAGAGGAGUUGGGGGAAGAGCAGUAACUACUUUAGGGACCUGGAGAUUGUAACCCAGGGGUUAAGCCAGGUUUUCAGUGCUGGGCUCUCUCUGGAGAGCUGCAUCACCUCCUUAGCCCAGCUAAAGUGUCUAUCUAAGAGCCCUCCUGACACUGCAACAUGCUCCACUCCCCAUCCUGAUCACCAUGCUGCUGAGGCCACUCCUCAAAGCCUGCUUGCCUCAGAUCCUUCAUCUCCUGCAGCUAAACUGGAGACCACAGAAAACGUGGAGGGUGACAGUGAGGAGGAGAUUAAUUGAAGGACUGAAGAACGCAUCAAGCAGUCUUUGAGUGAUAUUUGCAUGGAGCCUGCUGCCAGGCUGUGCCUGAGUGAGUUUGUGGUGGUUCAGAAGUCUGUGCAGCUGACAGGCACUGGGGAGGAAGCCCUCAGCAUACGGGUCCUGGAGGAUGCCCACAAAGUGGACCCGAAAGGCCUGAGCAGCUGCACUUGCCACUUCAACCAGGUCUUCCAGCUGCCCUGCUGGCACAUCUUGGCUGUACUGAAUUCGGACAGGAAGACCUUGCAGCUGGAGAUGCUCAGCAGACAGUGGCAGAAGGGGUGCGAUGCCCAUCAGGCUGGGCAAGACAGUGCUGAUGGUCUCCUGGAGGUCCUGAAGAGCUCCUGGAAGGAGUCUUUGGAUAAAUCCCUGGUGGUGUCCUUCCUCAUGGUGGAGAUCAACCGGCUUCUCACCCACUGCAGCGCAGCGGAGUUUAAGCGCAGGUACAGGACUCUCCGGGAGUUGGCUGACAGCUGGAUUGGGCCCUAUGUUGAGGUGAAGCUCUAG